UAUAAAGUUGCUGUAAUUUUUAUAUUUGCUUGUUUUAUUAGUUUAUUUAAAUUAAGAAAAUGAAUUGGUUAAGUAGUACGCUGAUUUUCGUCGGUUUGGUUUAUUAUCAACUAGCUGAUGGCCAAACGUAUACGUGCAGUAGACCGUCAAGGUUGAUCGCAACAAACCAAACGCAACUUCUAAAAUCUCCUGGUCGGUCUAGCAACAUCAACUACCCGAAUAAUUUGCGUUGUAUUUGGAACAUAACUGCCCCACCUGGUAUGCUGGUUCGCUUUACUGUACAGACUUUAAGAACGGAAAGGUGUUGCGACUAUUUACAAGUUAGGUGGGAUAAUAGUGUGGUGCGUCUUCGUGACAGAAGAUCAAACAUAACGUUCGUGAGCAAUGCCAUUAAUCUUUUUUUCCGAACGGACGGAUCUGUAAGAUUGUGGGGGUUUGUUGCAAACUACAUAAUUGUCAACUCCACAGUCGGCUCAUACACAACCCCCCCUACCACAACCGUCGCACCAUGUGGAUUCAGUGCCAACGCCACAAAUUUUUCGCGACCUCUCAACUCACCUGGCUACCCCAGGUCAUACGGCAAUUAUCUUAACUGUAAUUGGUACCUAACGGCCAGACCUGGUUACUUUGUACAGUUCAUAUUGGUACGACUUACAACAGAACGUUGCUGUGACCGGCUGAGGGUUUAUGGGUCGUUCCCAUACAUGCGUCAAUUCGCAGGCUACGUCACCAGAAGUACAACAGUGGUGUCUGUAAACAACACAAUGCGUUUGUAUUUCAGAAGUGAUGGUAGUGUAACAAGAUCAGGGUUCCGGGGUUAUUUUAGAGAAACUUCAGUCGCCAUGACGACGCCGGCUCCAACCACAACAACACCACCCACAACUCCAGUUCCUUGUGGUGGCAACCUGACGGCAACCAAUGUGUCACAAGAUUUCUACACUCCUGGUUGGAGUUCAAGAUACAGAAAUAAUCUUAGAUGUUAUUGGUAUAUAUAUGCAAGGCCAGGAUGGCAAGUUCACAUACAAGUUGUCAGUGUUGAUACUGAAAGCUGCUGUGAUCGUCUGCGAAUUACAGCUCCUGGUCAAACCUAUACUAUAAAUGGUAGAAGCUCUGUCAUCCGUAACUACAUCAGUCCAGCAAACAGAUUCACCCUUUACUUCAGGACAGAUUCUUCUGUUACUCGAAGAGGAAUUUACUUAAGAUACCAAGAAACACGGAACAACCAGAUACCUACAACACCAACAAUACCCCCUACCACUCCAGAGCCUUGUGGAACAAACUAUGAGGUUUUAUCUUCUGAACAACCACUCAGAUCCCCUAACUAUCCAAACCCAUAUCUCAGCAGCAGGGUUUGUGUGUGGAUACUUACAGCUCCUCAAAACUCAAAGAUCAAACUCAGACUUAGUUCAUUUUCAACUGAAAACUGCUGUGACAUCUUAGAUAUUACUAACGUUCUAAACAGAAGAGUUGUUGAAUUGGGUGGCAAUCUCUCAAGCACAGUUUAUUAUUCAAGCACGAACAUGAUGACUUUGACCUUUAGAACUGAUGAUAACAAUAACAUGCAAGGUUUUGAAUUCUUCUUCUCAAUUGCAACCGGACCAAUUCCUACACAGAGACCUGCAGUUGCCCCUACCAACGGAAACAAUCAACAAGUUCAACUGGCCACCACCAGCAAAGCAAGGAUUCUUCACCCAGUUAACACAGGCUUAGUAUUUGCUGUUGCUUUCUCAAUAUAUUCACUAUUACUAUAAUAUCCCAUCAUUGUGUUAUAUCUCUACCAUAUAAGAGAUUUAAAGUAAAUUAAUUUUACAAACACACAUCAGUGUUUCUAUUUUAAACUGCUGUAUUAACUUAUGUUAGCUUUGCCAAAACAAACCAGUUCCAUAUUAAUCUAAACCACAUAAAAAACAUCAGUUGUAAUUUCUGUAUAAAGAAGUGAUAGUUUUAUAUUACUUUUUUUAUUUCUGUAUUUAGUGUAUAUAGUAAAAAAGCCCAUUUAAAUAACCUGAUAAAAUCAAAGGCACCUCAACUUAUAAUCAAUAAAUUUGGCAUAUAUCAGUGGGGCAAGACCGUUGUUGGCUGUUCUGUUUCAUACCCGCUUACUAGUUAUUCUAUUUAUACCUUUGUGGGCAAUUCUUUAUUAACAUGUUGCUACCAAUUUGGUCAUUAGUGACCAUUGAAUUGGAGCAACUGUUAAAUGUCCUGCCCAGGAACCCUUACCCACGAUAAUACCAACAUUAACCUUUGAAUUCACCUCUGGGUUAAAAGCAGACAUGCCGUACACCCUGCCACGUCGUCAUUCUAUUACAUAACAGAACUGCUGGGUAGUUGAGGCUUCUUCUAAUUUGUGUUUGUGAUAAACAACACAGUCUCAAUUAUUUUAUAAUUCUUUCUUUAUAUUAUGAGAAGUUACAUAUAUGGGCUCUAUAUAUACAACUGUACCAACCGGCCAUUUUAUUCUGUAUACCAUUAUUAUGUAUUAAAGAAACUCUCCGUAUACAGAAACAUAUUCUUUGUGUUGAAUACAAAAACUGCAUUAAAUAUACCUAAUGUUCAUUAAAACAAAUUUGUAGCUAAUU